AUGCCUUCCAACGAGAACUCAAGUGCCCCCACCAACAACUGCCUCCUCCCGUACGUUGACUCUGCAACGGCGCCCGAGGAUGUCAGUGCCGCUCUCAGGACUCUCCCUUUUGAGCGCAACAUCUUCAAGCUCCUUGCCAAUGCGCCAGCUUUCUUCCCAACCUUCAUGAAACUCUUGACCUGCGCAUGGUCCCCCAACCGCAGCCUGCGCUCGACAGACUGGCAGUUGAUUGUGCUGCGAACUGCAGCUCUUCAUGAUGCUCCCUAUGAGUGGGAUGUUAACGAGCCGGUCGCUCGGGUCUUCAACUACACCGAGGAGCAUUUUGCUGCCAUCCGCUCCGGAGACCUUUCUUCGACCGAGCUCUUCACCGAUCGCCAGCGUCUGAUCAACUCCAUUGUGACGGAACUCUACGCCAGCAACCGUGUGAAGCCCGAGCUAGUUCUGCAAGCAAAGAAGGUCCUUGGUGAUGAAGCUUUGAUGGACCUGUUCUUCACUCAGGGCAUCUAUGCUUUCCUUGCACGGACGAUGAACAGCUGUCAGAUUGAUUUCGACGCUCCUAUUCCUGGCUUGGUAGAGCAGCUACGGAAGUACAAUGCGGCUAUCAUUGAAAAGGAGAGUCAGUACACGGAUUAA